AUGUCGAUCAACAUGGACCUUCGCGCGGCGACCUGGGAGGAAAACCCGCAGCUGCACUCCCUAUUCUUCUCAUCUUUCCCAGCCGAAAUCCGCCGGGCAAUAUACUCCUACGCCUUCGACGUCGAGAUCUACACGUAUGGCGAUUUUGAGGUUUGCCAUGACUUCCGCAUCACCCCCAAUCAUGACGGCGGCCCUGACGACGACAUACGCGACGAGCUCGCCAAGUUCCGCCGGCGCUGUGGUGGCGGUGUUGAAAGUUUGCGCGAUGCGCUCCGGGGAUGGACAAGCGAAACUCCGUGGAGGUGGCGGGGCCCUAAGCAGUACCAUCCAGGCCCCUACCACCUAAAGCACUACCACAAGUACAGGGGUGACGGCCCUUGGGCCGACCCAGAUGCCCCCGAAUGGACUUGCACGUCUGAACGUCCCGGCUAUGUCGGGAGGCCUGUCCUCCGGCCCGGCGGCAUCCUGCUCGCGUGCCGACGGGCCUACACCGAGGCCCAAUCCGUUCUGUUCGAGGAAAAUGAGCGCCGCUUUGCUGUCCCCGAGACACACGCCCACCCCGACCGCGUUUCUAUACCUAUUGAAUGGUCCCAGGAUCGCCAGCGAUGGGAGCGCAAAUUCACAACCAUCCAUCUCCUCGCGAAUACAGACUGCAUCCGCUGGGCCAUGUUCCCAGAACAGCACUUCCUUCGCGACGUUAAACACCCACGCUUGACGAUCCGGGACUGCGAUUGGAGAGGCUUGCAUCAUAGGUGGAAGGACGUGAUCGUGACGGCCUCCAAUAUCGCAGAAAUCAAAGAAGAGUGUUGGUUUCAUUGGUGGUGGGAGCGCCGCCGGGGGUCCUACGGCAUUGUCCGAGACUUGACUGAAGACGGCGAUUUCAUGAUUAUGGAUCCUUAUUACGGUCACGACCAGAAUUCUCCCAUCCCAUUUCCUAGACUCAUACCUCAUCCUUUUGAUGGUGGGGAGGUAGACUUGCUGAAAGAGAAGACGUCCGGAAACGGGGCUUUCGGGGGGGAACCCGUCGCCAUGGAGGCGGACAACGAGAGACGACAUCCACGCCCGUCUUGGGUUCCGCCCUCGAUCGACUUCAUCCAAGGCGGAUGGGGCUGUGAGUUCACCAACAUGCAUCGAAUCGAAAAGUUCGCCAUAACCUUCGAUGCCAGCGAAGCGGACCGCCCUUUCGUCGCCAUUCUCGUCGAUUGGGCUAUCCGGGCAUGGCGCUUUCCUCUCAACCCAGCCCAAACGGGGGUUAUCACUAUCUUUCUGCGGCCGGAAACCCGAUCCAAAGAAUGUCGUGGCGUGGCACACGUGCCAACAUGA